GGCAACGACGGGAAAACUUUGCCUAUACGCCCGUUUUAAAAGUCGACUUGCAGGAGGCAGACUCGGACACAUUAAUGGAGUAUUUGUACGCAAUUCGAAGGGGAGAUCCGUGUAAGAAAUUGGGACUCUGCGCCAAUUGUGAUGACCCCAGAACACAGGCUGAAAUCAACGCUGACGCAGCCUGCAAGUACGCAUUAGACAUUUGGGACAGACUCUCCACAUCGAGGACGGUACGAUGUCUAAACGCCGAGGUCGCAAAAUGUCGAAAGGCGACGGAGAAAUCCAGAAGAUGCUAUCCGCACAAGUGGCAUCUGGAGUGUUCAUUCCGUUGCACAAGAGAAAAUCAAUCGACUUUCAAAUUCCUGUCGGAGUUGGUCGACCUACCAGAAGAUUAAACUUCCAACUGCUGUAAAACUGUACAAGAUUGAAGAUCUCCUUAAUAUUUGAAUAGACUGCGGGAUUGAGAGAUUUAACCGGAGACAUGUGAAGAUAUCAAUUUAUAGCCGUGAAAUAAUAUCACUUUAAUGAUGUCUUGCA